AUGCAACUGCUCGUCGGAACCGUUCAAGCAACUGAAUCGAACUCCUCAGACGCCACACACGCUCCCCUUUCAGGGUGUCAAAUAUGUGCCAACAACGGGGAUUGCUCGCAUGCCUACCUCGACGGACCUGGACAAUUCUGCGGCAACUGGCUUGAUCGAGCAAGUCAACGUCAACGAUGCUGCUGUCCACGUGAAGCUACGUGUGCAGUGAGCAACUACGCCUGCAACUGCAAGACAAGCAAGAGCAAAUCACCAACGUCUUCAACGUCGAAGACUUCCUUCUCUUCCUCUCGGGCUGGAUGGAGCACAAUCUUUGGAUCAAUUAUUCUCUUGUUCGUCGCCUCAGCGAUGCUUUGGUGUCUAUGUCCUUGCUGCAGAGCGAAUAAAUACGCAGCUCUUUCCCAGCCAGCGAUGACACCUGUGGUUGCUCAAACUUCAGUAUACGCCCACACAUACACCCCCGGAUACGCAUCUGGACCUGUAUACAGCGGUCCAGUAUACGGAGGUUAUUCCAACGGAGGAAUGGGAGCUGGCUCAAGCGCAAUGCUCGGAGGUGUCGCUGGAAUGUUUGGCGGUAUUCUUGUGGGUCAAGCGCUGUCUAAUGGCGAAUACCACGGAUACCAUGGAGGCGAUACAGGAUUCGGAGGAGGCGAAGAGUUCGGAGGAGACUUCUAG